AUGGAGGUGAGAGGAGAGUUUGGUACUGAGUUUCUUGAUGCAUUCCAAAAUGAUCGGAAACGCUUGAAUCCAAAUCCAACAAGUUCGUACUUUAAAAAAGUAGACAAGAAAGAUUAUGUAACUCAGGAUGCGUCCAAGAAACUCGGUGACACACUGACACUCAGUCUUGAUCAAGGGAUAUCUGAUGCAGGCACCUCACAAAAUGAUAACAUCCCCUUAAGAGGUCAUCGAGACGACGGCUGUUUGGAAGAGACAGCUGGGCCUAGCAAUGAGGGUUAUUUUAGGGCAUUGCUACGUUUCAAAGUGGCGUCAGGAGACGAGCAUUUAAAACGUCACUUGUCAACUGCUUCUUCAAGAGCCACCUACAUUAGCAAUACGACACAAAAUGACCUUAUUACCUGCUGUGGAGAAGAAAUUACUGACACUAUCCUGAGUCAAGUAAAAAAUGCUAAAUAUUAUUCAGUUAUAUUUGACGAAACGACAGAUAUUUCUCACACAGAACAACUUUCAUUGAAUCUAAGAUACUUAUACAAAAAUGAAAUACGAGAAGAUUUCGUCAAAUUCAUUGACGCAUAUGAAAGAAUUCCGUCUAUAAGUCUAGAUCAAGAUACAGACAGUGAACAACGCCUAACUGGAGAGGCCUUAGGAAAAAUUGUUGUCAAAUUGCUGCAAGAAUUAUCAUUAGAUUUAAACGAUUGUGUAGGCAUCGGCACCGACAGUUGUAGUGUCAUGUCAUCCAAAUCAGUAGGUGCUGUUACUGAAAUGCAAAAGGUUUUGAAGAAUGCAUGUAGAUGUCCCUGCCUGAACCAUGUAUUGAAUAACUCAAUUUCAACAUCAGUUAAUGUGGCUUGCAUUAGAAACGCCGUGGGUGUGAUGAAGACAGUUGAGGCUUUUUUUAAUAUGUCAUCCAAAAGGAAUCAGGUUUUGAAGGCAACUAUAGGAUACCAACUAUCAAGCCUGUGUGAAACUCGUUGGGUGGAGCGCCACGAAAGCGUCAUCAAAUUUAGAGCUGCACUAACCAAUAUUGUUGACGCAUUGACUUUAAUAACUACAUGGAAAGAUUCAAAGUCAUCAUCUACUGCAUCAACGUUGCUAAACUCGUUAUGCACACCUGAGUUUUUGAUAUCAAUGCUUGUAUUGAUUGAUAUCCUGAAAAUCACACUACCCCUUAGUAGACUGCUCCAAACACCAUCCCUGGACUCCAAUAUGGCAUCACAAGCUGUAACCAACACACUGACCACAAUACAAGUAAAACGAACUCAGGUUGAAACAAACUUCAGCAAAGUGUUUGUUGAAUUUACAGAGCUAGCCAAAGUAGUAGACGUUGAAGUGAGGUUGCCACGACUUGCCAGCAAACAAACAAAAAGAUCAAACCACCCAGGAACUCCGGAAGAGUAUUAUAGGAGGUCCAUUUACAUACCUCUACUGGACAAUGUAUCAAAUGAUCUAUCAACAAGACUAAGUCAGAGUUCCCUAGAAUGUUUUGGUCUAAGAGGGAUCAUCCCAACAAUUCUAGUUGGAGCAAAAGAAGAACAACGCAUAAAUCUACUAAGUCAGUUGAAAACAGCAUUUGAUAAGUUUUCUUCUAUCAUUGGCAGUGGAGACAGUAAAAUGAACACGAUUUACUUCGAAGACGUAGGGCAGAUGCUGAUCUUAAUUGCAGCUAUCAACCACGAAAGCUAUAUGCUGUGGGAACCCUCACGAUCGCCGGACAGGCAGAUGCCGCCCACACGAAUUGUGUAG